GGUAAGACGUGCGCUGUGCGGUGGGAAACUCUCUCACAUGGACUCAACUCCUCGUGAACGGCAUUUGAAUUUUCCUCUGCACCCCCAGUGAAUCAACAGUCAGUGAAAGUUAAAUGCUGUAUUGCGUGCCCGUUCGGGGGUGGUUUGUGUGCCUGCUUUGUCUCAAGACCGUCCGACAAAUACCCCAAGCACUGUGUAAUUAAUCGCUGAGGAGUGGAUUGAAGUUACGUAGCCAAGUGAUUAGGGAUAAAUAUAUAAUUUGAUGGGAGGCGCACACACUCCGGGGGAGUCAGUCGUAAAAAGUGAUGAGUAUCGAAACUAAUUGUGCGGGUGAAGGUGCAGAAAACAAAUAGUGUUUCAACACAACAAAAAGGCUCAUCAUUCACUCUGAUUGUGUUAUGGUGUACUGUGUAAAUUAAUGCGUGUCCUCGAUAAAGGGCCGUGGUGGGGACUGGCGCGGGGUGUCUGAGCGGCGGGAAUAUUAGAUUGAUUGAAAAUAAAUUGAAAGUGGAAGGGAAAUAUGAGCCAUUCCUCUCUAAACGUCUACGUGAGCAUAAGGGAGAAUACUUGGGAGGAUACAUGAGAGAUACUGAAUGCAGGGUGAAAGACUCUACCGUAGCAUUUUGUAAAUUACUCACAUUUUCCACCCCCACCGUGCGGACUACCAGGUGAAUGUGGGUGAAAGUGCCGAGCAAAAGGUGAAUGCGAGUGGGUGGAAAGGAAACACCUAGAGAAGUAAGGUGCUACUUAUGAGAUCUGCGGAGUUACAAGAAAGUUAGGUGUUGUGAGUGAAAAAUGCAAUUACUGCUUGCAUGAAAAGGAACCCUUUUCAUCUCACUAUGAUGACAAAGGAAGCUGAUGAGCAGCACAAAAUUUCGAACGCACCACCAGAAGACAGCGCCAGCGGUAGUGGAAUAAGGAGAGCACCAGACAUUGAAGCUGAAUCCCUCGGUGCUCGGAGGAUCUUCAAGAAGACUUCACCGAAUGCCAUUCUGACUCUAUACUUGGGCACGAGAGAGAUAAUCUCGAGACGUGGUGUCGUCGAACCACUGCGAGGCGUUCUCUACGUUGAUCCCAAGUACAUUGUAGGACAUAGACUGUUCAGCCAAUUAACUUUGACAUUCAGAUAUGGCCGAGAGGACGAGGAGGUGAUGGGCCUCAAGUUCUGCAAUGAGGCUGUUAUAGCACUAAAGCAAAUCUGGCCUCAACCCGAAGGUACUUCAACGAAGAAAGAGGAAUUGACUCCGCUUCAGACUGCCCUCUUGGAGCGACUGGGUGUUGGCGCUCACGCUUUCAGUAUUCAGAUUGGCACUGUGGCGCCGCCCAGCGUUCAACUCAUCCCGGCCAAGCACUACAAUGGCGCACCCAUUGGCACAAGCUAUGAUAUUAGAGCCUACAUCUCCGAUCAGGAGGACGAGAAGAUGCAGAAACGCUCGACAGUGAAGUUGGGAAUAAGGCUGAUUCACAAGAUUUCACCUGAGAUUAGGUGCUGUCCACAAGCACCUCAGUCUCAAGCGCCCUCCAUCCCCAAAUGCCUGCGGUUGCGACUAUCGCCCAAAGCCCUCAAGUUUUCCAAUAAACUCUGCGGCAGUGGGAGUACGAAACCUCGAAUAGAUUCCAGCAAAGACAAAGCGGUGGCUCACACGAGCACUGAAACGGAAGUCUUUGAGGCACCUCAGGGAUCUGUUGAUAAGCCAUUCAUGUGGGCGGAGGGCAGAGUGAGUCUAAAAGCGGCGCUCAAUAAAUCAGCCUACGGUCACGACGAAGACAUAGCAGUGACCAUCGAUGUGCGUAACGACAGCCGAAAAAUCGUGAGGAAAAUUCGGAUCUUCGCUGUGCAGCACGUGGACGUGUGCAUGUUCAGCAACGGUAAGUUCAAGAACGUCGUGGCUGAUGUGAGUCUCAACAACCAGCUGGGUCCGGGAGAGUUCCUACACAACACCUACUUCCUGCUGCCGAUGCGCGCUCCAACGAAGAACUGGAUCGCGGUCGAGGGCGCACUCUUCAACACCUCAAACGACACGAAUGUGUGGAGUGAGAGUGCCAAGAUUGCUCCCAGUUCACCCAUGGAGCUGCGACCGCACGAGGACCGCAAUGUCUUCGCCAUCUACGUGUCGUACUACGUGAAGGUGAAGCUCACGCUGAGCGGGAUGGGCGGGGAGGUGUGCCUCAAGCUGCCCUUUGUCCUGGGUUACGUUGACACGGAGCCCCCUAAUGAGACUCCGGCCACCCCGCGCCAAGCCGUGCCCAAGGGUCUAGAUUCCAUUGACGCCGUCGAGGUGGAUGCUCCGUGCAAGUCUGAGGACAAGGCAGAUGCCAUUGCGGUGGAGUCAGAGCAGAAAAUCUCCCCGGCGACAAAUGAUACUCGACUGGCCGUGGACGCGGAGGGUGAGGCUGUUGGGGUGAAGGUGGAGAAUACCGUCACUGUACAAAUUCACACGCCAAGCGCCCUCAUGGAAGCUGAUAUUUAGCUCCAA